AAGAGGAAACAAACACAGGGGUGCUGCAAUGCAAAUGGAUGGCUCUCGAAUGCAACGGUGAGAUUCUCUGCCAUUUUCUCCGUUCCCAAACAGCCGGAAGGUAGCGAAUCUUUUUGGAUUUUUUCUCUCCCGAAAGCUUUCCAGAUCAAUGGCAGCCGGCGGUGAAGAGCCGGCCAAUCUCCGGAACAGUAGCGGCGAGCGGAGCAUCACCCGGAGAAAUCUCCUCGUCAGCGAAAAAGUGGAGGUAAGGAGUGUUGAGGAAGGAUUUCUCGGUUCUUGGCAUCCAGGAACCGUAGUUGCAGCAGAAAAGCAAUAUCACCGCGUCAAAUAUGAUCACCUCCUCUACGAUGAUGGUACUCAUCGUCUCAUGGAUAUUUUGGAUGUUCCUGAAUCAGUGGAAGGUUUGAGCUGUAGUCGCACAAAUUCAUAUGACAUCUACCGUGGACGUAUAAGACCUGUGCCUCCAAAACUGAAAAUUGAUGAAUGGAACCUUCCCUAUGGACAAUGUGUUGACGUGUUUUCCCGUGGAGUGUGGUGGGAAGGCGUGCUUUUUGACCAUGGAGAUGGUAACGAGGAUAGGAGGGUGUUUUUGCCUGAUUUGGGUGAUGAAAUGAAUGUUGAUCUUUCAUCUCUACGUCUUACUCUGGACUGGGAUGCGUUUAGGGGUACAUGGAAGCCUCGGGGGACUUGGUUGUUUCUUGAGUUGAUUGAGAAAUAUGAGGAAGAGAACUAUCUUCCUGUCUCGGUGAAGCAACUUUGGUAUGAUGUGCAAGACAGAUUGGGUUUUGAGAGGAUUAGGGAAUGGACUUGUUCAACUAGGCGGUUAUGGGAAAGUUUGGUGCUGAAGGUGAUUGAUGAUAAUCUUAGAAUCACCAUGAAUCAAUUUCUUGAUGAAUUUGAACAUACUUCUAAGCUGGCUAAUGACCCCAACAAACGCCUCCGAUUAGAUAUAUUUACUUCUUACGAGGAGAGCACACAAGUGAGCACUCCACAAGAACGAAAGAUUUCCUGUCUCACCAAACUGGAACGCCAGAGGCAUCACGCAUUAUCCGCCUUGACUUGUGUUCCAGACAGAGAAUCUGACAUUUGUGAUGGAGAAGUUUCCUGCUCAAAAUCCAUUACCGCUAAUCGAAACAUAAGGCAUCCCAAGCAAUGUGGAAAUUGGCAACAUUUUGACUGUGCUGCUGAAUUAUGUCCACAGGCUGUGUCAGAUUAUAUUAGGAAACCAUCGCUGAAUACUGCCAUAAAUGUCCGGAAGCAUCUUAAAUAUACGGGAUGGAUCACAGAACAUCUGACCGAUGAAGCUGGGAGGCACAGGUUUCGCUACAUCUCACCAGAUGGAACUCAAACGGAGCAUUCUCUUCGUCAACUAUGUCUCCAUUUGAUCAAAUGUGAUGAAGCCUCGACUCCUCCUGUGACAGUUAAACCUCCUUCUCUACCUUAUGAUAAACUAAUGCAUAAAACCCAGAACACGGGACAGGGUUAUGUUUUGGCUUUGCCUGCUUCUCAAUCGAGGGUAACUCAUGAUGGUGGAAAGAAGCUGUCUGUUGAAACAGUGCUCAAAUAUCAAACACCUAGGAAAUAUAAGGAUAUCAAGAGAGAAAGUUGCAAUAUUUGUGCGAGUAAAGCUGCCUCAGCGUCUAAAAAGGAUGUCGAUGCCAAGAUGAAGCCAAAAAUGGAAUGUCGAAGCUUCCGAAGACUGAAAAAGAAAUGGAAGAGGGAUCAUACCAACCUUAAAUAUAACUCCAACCAGAAAAGAGCAAUCUCAAGUUUGCAAAAUUCCAAGCAGAAUAUGAGACGGGGGAAAAAGUCAAGUAUGCCAGUGGAACCUAGGAAUUGUACCAUCAGUCGUCGAGGUAAAACCCGUGUAUUAAGAUCAAGCCAAAGAGUGCAACAGGUAAUUACUCCCAGAUCCAUGCAUCAGAGUCCGCAUAGUAUACUUUCCUGGCUCAUCAACAACAAUGUGGUUCUGCCGAGAGCAAAUAUACGUUGCCACCAAAAUAUAGAUAUGUCUUUGAUAAAACAAGGGAAAAUAACAUGCGAAGGUAUAAAAUGUAAUUGCUGCCGUAAAAUCUUCACAGUAAGCAGCUUCGAAGUUCAUGCUGGUGGAACAUCCUGGAGACCAGCAGCCAAUAUCUUCUUGGAUGAUGGAAGGUCUCUUCUAGAUUGCCAGGUAGAAGCCUAUAAAAUGAGAAAAAAAGCACGGACACGUAAUGUUUUGAAAAGAAAAUGGUGCCCAGGGCAGAACAAUAACAUUUGCUCAGUUUGUCACUAUGGUGGCGAGCUAAUUCUCUGUGAUCGAUGUCCGUCCUCAUAUCAUGCAAUUUGCCUUGGGCUACAGAAUGUUCCUGAUGGUGAUUGGUUCUGCCCAUCAUGCUGUUGUGGUGGCUGUGGACAAAUCGAUCUCAAGGAUACUGGCAAAUAUACCAAGGCGGGCCAGCCUAUCAGUUGCAAGCAAUGCGAGCUUAAAUAUCAUGUGUGCUGCUUGCCUAAUCAUGAUGCCAAAAAUUCAUUGGAAACAGUCAUAGAAUCAAACUGGUUUUGCAGCAAGGACUGUGCAACGAUGUUCACAAAUCUCGAGGAGCUUACCGGAAAACCUAGAGAAGUGGGUGUGGAGAAUCUAACUUGGAAACUGAUGAAGUCCUUGGAAUCAGAUGUAUAUGGGCUUGGUGCUUCUGAUAUUGAGACCGUGGCCGAGAAUCACUGCAAGCUCAGUGUUGCUCUUGAUGUGAUGCAUGAACUUUUCGAGCCUGUGAAGGAUCCUCGCUCUCAGGGAGAUCUUGCUGAAGAUGUUAUUUUCAGCAGAGGAAAUUUCAGAGGAUUCUACACAGUAGUUCUGGAAAGAAAUGAUGAACUAGUUACUGUGGCAAAUGUAAGAAUAUUUGGAAAAAGGAUAGCAGAAAUCCCUCUAAUUGGUACUAGAGUUCAGCAUCGCCAGCUUGGGAUGUGCCGGACCUUGAUGAAUGAACUUGAAAAGGUGCUUACCAGCUUGGGUGUGGAGAGGCUGGUCUUGCCUGCAGUUCCAUCCAUGCUGAAAACUUGGACUAACUCAUUUGGAUUUUCAAAGAUGUCUGAAUGCGAGAGGAAAAACUUUCUGCAGUUUACAUUCUUGGAAUUCGGGGGAACAGUGAUGUGCCAUAAGCUCUUGAGCAAGAGCAGUUUUGCAGAUCCAAUUCCAAACACAGCUUCUCUAUCGGAACCCCUCUGUGACGGCAUGAGAAGGCAGAACCGCUUAGCGUCUGAUGAGAUCUCAGAAGUGUUGCAAGAAGAACAACAUGUGGAGGAGUCCAGCAUGACCAAAGAGUCACCAGAGGAGGUGGAAACACACGAGGAAAGCUUGGUGGGAGAUAACCGCUUUUGGAAGUAUUGUUACAGAAGAAGAAAGGGAUAAUGUCCAACGGGAAUCCAGUUUUCCUUCAGAAGAUGGGGGCAAGCGAUGCUUACCCUCUCUCUGACACCUCUUCUCCUUUUUUUAAUUGUACAAUGCAUCGCAUAUGGGAGAGGUAGGAAGCUUAUUAUUACAAUAUAAGCUUUUGGUCAUUCGGUAAAUUAAUGUUCUUUUUCCUGCCCCCAAGCAGUAUUUCUCUAAAACCACUUGUGCCCGAACUUGAACUUUCUGAGUUUAGGUGUCUUCGCCUGUCAGAACACGAUCAGCCUAUUAAUAUGCAAUUACGCGCUAUGUAUGAUGACUCCGUAGGGAACUAUAUCAACAGGUAAAUGAAUGAUAUUAUAUUUUUGGGAAAAUGUUGAAAAAACUGUCCAAAAAGACCACUUGAUUCUUUUCAUGAGAAAUCUGUUUAGAAAAUUAUACGUCUAUACCGAUAAGUAAUUAAUUUGUGUAGAUAUUAGAAAGUUUGGUUAGAUAUAUCCAAUUUAGAUAGUUCAACAUCUGUUUUGUUUCGAAUUUAAAUCUCAAAUUGGAGAGAGUACCGCAUAUUCUAAUCACAUGUUUUAUUCCGGUCCCGAAAUUAGUUUCGAGCUCCGUUCAAGAAAGUCGAUUACCAAAAAUGGUUACAUAUUGCACUGCCUGACAUGCUAACACUGACAGUUCCCCAUAAAACAUUAGAAUGCACGACUCAUUAUAGCUUUUAGAAAUGAUUUUUUA